AUGGCGGAGCAGAUGGCGGGGAUCGAGGCGAUCAAGGCCAACCCCGACACGCCCACCUUCGAGAACACCGUUGUGGCACUCGAGGAGAGCGGGGCGCUGCUUACGCGCGCACACGUGAGCCCAGAGAUGCAAAAGCUCGAGCAGGCCUACGCACCAAAGUUCUCCGCCCACACGCACCGGGUCUACCUCGACAGCGCCUUGUAGAGCCGCAUCAGGGCCGUAUACGACGAGCGUGCCCGUCUUGCUGGCGAGGACUUGCGCCUCGUGGAGCACCACGCAAAGGAGUUCCGAACGGGUGGUGCCGGCCUUGACGACGCAGUCAAGGAGGAGCUGAAGCAGGUGAACGAGCGCCUUGCCACUCUCGAGAGUGGCUUCGCCAAGAGGCUCAUGGACACACGCAGGACCGCGUCGCUGAUCGUGGCUGACGCUGCUGAGUUGGAGGGCCUCAGCGAGGACGAGAUCGCGACGGCACAGAAAGAGGCGGAGAGCCUCGGCCACCCCGGCAAGCAUGCGUUGGUCAUUGUGAACACGACGCAGCAGCCGCUGCUCGCUUCACUGAGGAACCGCGAGACGCGCGGCCGCCUGCUCGAGGCGAGCGAGCAGCGCGCCGGACGUGGCGACGAGAAUGGUACAACCGCCAUCACGGUCGAGAUGGCGCAGCUGCGCCUCAGGAGGACGACGCUGCUUGGCAAGAAGAGCUUUGCGGAGUGGCAGCUCCAGAACCAGAUGGCCGAUCCGGCGUCUGCGGAGGCGUUGCUGCGCGACAUGGGCAAAGCGGCAGCGCCAAAGGCGAUGAAGGAGGCCGCUGACAUCCAGCAGAUGAUUCGCGAGGAGGGUGGCGACUUCGAGCUGGCGCCGUUGGACUGGCGCUACUACGCGGAGCGGGUGCGCAGGCAGCUGUACGAUCUCGACGAGAACGAGGCGAAGCCGUACUUUGAGCUGAACAACGCCCUUGAGCGCGGCGUGUUCUACGCGGCGGAGAAGCUCUACGGCGUGACGAUGCAGCGGCGCACCGAUCUGCCGGUGUACCACCCCGAUGUGAUGACGCUCGAGAUGUUCGACUGCACGGGCGAGUCGCUCGCCAUUUUUGGCAUCGACCCCUACGCGCGUGCAGGCAAGCGCGGUGGUGCGUGGAUGACAUUCAUUGUUCGCCAGGCCUCCCUGCUUGGCCGAAAGCCAGUCGUGUACAACGUGCUGAACACUGUGAAGCCGGCGGAGGGAAGGCCGGCCUUGUUGACCCGUGACAACGUGACGACGCUCUUCCACGAGUUCGGCCACGGACUCCACGGCAUGCUAAGCAACCUCCCGUACUCAACACUCUCCGGCACGAGCGUCGUCCGUGACUUCCUCGAGUUCCCAUCGCAGAUCAACGAGCACUGGGCGAUGUACGAUGCCGUGCUGAAGAAUUACGCGCUUCACUACGAGACCAAGGAGCCGAUCCCGCAGGCGCUGGUGGACCGCAUGAAGGCGGCCGAG